AUGAUCCUCCUCCUCCUCCUCCUCCUGCUGCUUCUGCCCCAGGCCGCCUGUGAGACACGGAAAGCAAAAUGCCUCUUGCGUUUGCAAAAGGGCAAUAUCAUGUUAUCGAAUUAUUACAAGUCUGGAGACCGUCUCAUUCAUGGGUUCAUAUCUACCGUCAAUAUCGAUUUGGAACCCUACACCUUCCACAGGUUUCCCGUUUCCAGGCAGUACUCGAUCCCACUUGCAACAUACUGGGAUAUCCUGUCCUUCAAAUUCGCCAUUCAGGAGAUUAACCAGAAUCCGAGAGUUUUGCCUAACAUCACCCUGGGCUACAGCAUCUAUGAGAACUAUUUUGACUCAAGAAUAACCUUUGAUGCCCUCCUGGACAUGCUGCCUCCUGGACAGACGAAUGUUCCAGACUACAACUGUGGAAGACGAAGGGACCCGCUGGCGGUUCUGGAGGGAACAGACUCUGAAAACUCCAUCGCAAUUUCAGCCAUGUUGGGCAUUUACAAAAUCCCACAGGUCAACUACGGUGUUCGUUCACAUGUUCUUACUGAUAAAACUCAGUUUCCUUUCUUCUACCGGAUGAUCCCGAAAGCAGAGCCCCAGUACCUGGGAAUUGCCAAACUGCUCUUGCAUUUUCGAUGGACAUGGAUCGGUCUCUUUGCUCCGGACACCGACAGCGGAGAAAGGUUCAUAAGCACAGUGACACCUGUUCUCACCAGGAGCGAUAUUUGUGUCGUGUUCUCACAAAGAAUAAUAGGACUGAAUCUUGGUUACAUUGGAAAAAUACAUAAAUAUCUGAGCCGCGUGACUUCCCUUUCUAUACAGAAAAACAUCUAUGUAUAUGUUUACUAUGGGGGCCUUCACUACUUGGCAGGUCUAACAUUUGUGCUCAAACAAAUCUACAGGCGUAUUAAAUCCAAAAUGUGGAGAGUUUGGAUCACGGUGGCUUUGUCAGACAUCACAUUUGGCUUGACGGACAGCGCUUUUGACAUCCAGCAGAUCCAUGGAUCUUUGUCCUUCUUAAUCCAGACAAAGAGAAGGCCAAACAAUGUUGGUUUCCCGACAUAUGAUAUGGACAGUGCUAUUGAGGCGUUUGGGUUUAAAGCAUUCCACUGUCCAUCUUCUGAAUAUUCAUUAAGCCGCUGGGCAAAAUGUAGAGAGGAAGAGAAACUGCAGAAUCCGCCCCAGGAGCUCCUUGAAAGAACUCUGUCUCAAGACAGCUAUGGUAUAUACAACACCCUCCAAGCUAUGGGGAAUGCCUUACAUGCAGCCUACAUCUCCCGAUCUCGGCAGAUGGUGAUGGUGGGCAGAAAAAAGUUGAUGCUCCAGAGGUUACAGUCGUGGCAGCUCCACCCUUUCCUGAGAAGUUUCAGGUUCUACAAUAUUUCAACCGAUGGAGUUUAUUUGGAUCAGAAUGGAGACCUGGCAACCAACUUUGAUAUUGUGAACUGGGUGGUGUUCCCCAACAAGUCCAUUACCAAAAUACGUGUUGACCCUGCCUACUUCCAGGUGUACCGGACGUUGCCACCCUGGUUACACCAAGAUGCAGAGCGUUGCACCAGGUGUCCAGAAGAUCAGCAUUCAAACGAGGACCGGUCUCAGUGUGUCCCCAAGAUUAUCACCUUCCUAACCUAUGAAGAACCCCUGGGGAUCACCCUCGCUUUCUGUGCCCUGCUCUUGUCCCUCAUUUCAAGUUUUGUUUUAGCCCUGUUUAUCAAAUUCCUACACACGCCGGUAGUCAAAGCCAACAACCGAGACCUCUCCUACAUUCUCCUCGUCUCCCUCCUCCUUUCCUUUCUCUCCUCCUUCCUGUUCAUUGGCCAGCCAAGGAAACUGACCUGCCUUCUCCGACAGACCAUGUUCGGCACCAUCUUCUCAGUCGCCGUCUCUUCUGUCUUGGCCAAAACAAUCACCGUGGUGGUGGCCUUCAUGGCUACCAAGCCGGGAAACAGGAUGAGGAAAUGGCUGGGGAAGGGUCUGGCCAACUCCAUCGUCGUUUCUUUUUCUGGUAUCCAAGUUGGCCUCUGUGUCGUCUGGCUGGGAACCUCUCCUCCUUUCCCAGAAUCUGACAUGCACUCCCAGGCUGGACAGAUCACACUGCAAUGCAACGAAGGAUCGGUUGCCAUGUUUUACGGUGUACUGGGAUACUUGGGCUUCUUGGCUGCUAUCUCCUUCACGGUGGCUUUCCUUGCCCGGAAGCUGCCUGGGGCCUUCAACGAGGCCAAGCUGAUCACCUUCAGCAUGCUUGUGUUCUGCAGUGUGUGGGCGUCCUUUGUGCCCACCUACCUGAGCACAAAGGGGAAAUACAUGGUCGCCGUGCAGGUCUUCUCCAUAUUGACCUCCAGCGCUGGCCUAAUGGGGUGCAUCUUCCUUCCUAAAUGCUACAUUAUCGUACUGAGGCCUGAUCUCAACACCAAGGAGCAUCUAAUGAUGAAAAUGAGAGAGCCCCUAUAA